AUGGAGAAGCAAACCACCACACAGGGAGGCAAUUACAUCCCCCAUGAUCAGUCAAUCUUCCGAUAUUUGAAAGCGGAACCCCAAUACGCACGUUACAUACCUGGUGGAUUCUCCCCGUCAAGAUGCAUGAGCCUUCAGGGAAAGGCUAUGACCUAUGCCAUCUUCCUUUUUUCCGGCUGUGCUAUUCUAUUUUUCGGAUACGACACGGCGGUUAUGAGCCAGGUGAAUGAUAACAAUGACUAUUUGCAAAUGAUGGGCAUCGCGGGGGGGAAUGGACGUGACGCCGCAGCUGUAGGUGGCCUUGUCUCUCUCUGGUUUGGAGGGUUUGCUCUCGGCGCUUUGAUUGUUGGAUAUAUUGCCGAUUCGAUAGGCCGGUUGAAAACGAUUCAAAUAGGAUGUCUCUGGGGUAUUCUGGGUGCUGCAUUGCUAGCCACGGCACAAGACAUGUCUUGGUUCGCCUUUGCAAGAGUCAUUAGUGGGAUUGGAUGUGGCCAUCUUAACACAAUCGUUCCCGUGUGGACUUCGGAGUUGGCCGAUCCUCAUUUACGGGGUGCAUUUGUCGCUGUUCAGUUUACAUUGGCCAUGGUUGGGUCUAGGGUGGCAUACUGGAUGGAGUUUGGAUGUACUAAAACGCAGUCACUGUCAUUCUCAUGGCGCUUUCCUCUUGGUUUCCAGAUUGUUUUCCUCAUUUUUAUUCUUCUUGCCGCCCCAUUUUAUCCGGAGUCACCACGACACUUGGCUAAAAUUGGUGAUCUUGAAGGAGCACGGUCAGUUCUAGAGAAAUGUCGAGUGGAAGCUGAUGAGCAACAAAUCGAGACUGAGAUGCAAGAGAUUAUCUCCGCAAUCCGUGCCGAGGCAACAUCCACUUCACACAGCUUUUACAGCAUGCUGUUCACAAAGGACAAAAAGCACACCCGUCGCCGGGUGAUCAUUGGAGCGGGUGUGCAGGUCAUGCAAAAAUUGACGGGGAUAGAUUUUAUUGCGGUCUAUGCACCCGACAUUUUCUCGUUAUCUGGAUUCAAAGGUGACAAGCCCGCCCUGUUAGCCGGCGGAAACUGGUUUGGGUAUAUUGUGAGCCUGGCUCUCUCAAUCUUUCUGUGUGACCGAGUUGGUCGGCGCAAGCUGAUGCUAAUCGGCUGUUUAUUGAUGGGGAUCGUGUUGAUUAUCGGUGGUGUGCUUUCGCAUGAGACUAUAUCUCAUACCGACAACGACCCAGUGCUGGCAAACAAGUUUGGCUCAGGAGUCGCUGCUAUUCUAUACAUCUACACUUUUAUUUACGGCAGUACUUGGCUUACUACGUGUUGGGUCUAUCCAACAGAAGUCUUUCCACUGGCUAGCCGAAGUAAAGGCGCCGCGUUAGCCACCUUCGCAUUCUCCAUCGCUGGGGGGACGAUUAACAUCAUUAUCCUGUACCUCAUCGAUGCGAUCAGCUUUUGGGUAUUUAUUCUCUUUGCAUUGAUCAACCUUGCUUUGCUAGUACCCAUAUAUCUCUUCUAUGUCGAAACCGCCAAUCGGCACCUGGAGCAGUUGGAUAUCCUUUUCUCUAGCGACAGCUGUCUUUCAUGGAGAGCAGAGAGACACUUUACCCAGAAAAUGACCAAGCAAAGAGGGACCUUCGGUGAAGACCAGGAGAAAGGCUCUUUAGAGCAUGUGGAAUGA